CUUCCGGGCAAAAAGCAAAACUAAGUCCGGCCAUUUUACCAAAAAUCCCCUCAAAUUGAGCUCAGCAACCCUAGCGCCGCCGUGGCCCUCUGCCCAGCACCGCCGCUGCAUCUCCGACGCUCCACCCCGGCCGAGAUGGGGAGCACCUCCUCCAUGCUCACCCAGUACGACAUCGAGGAGGUCCAGGACCACUGCAGCCACGCCUUCUCGCAGCAGGAGAUCGUGUCGUUGUACCACCGGUUCUGCCAGCUCGACCGCAACGGCGGCGGCUUCGUCUCUGCCGACGAGUUCAUGACGGUCCCCGAGUUCGCCGUCAACCCUCUCUCCCAGAGGCUCCUGAGGAUGCUGGAUGGGCUGAACUUCAAGGAAUUUGUGGCAUUCUUGUCGGCGUUCAGUCCCCACACAAGCCUGCAGAACAAGAUUGAAUUUAUUUUCAGGGUCUAUGACACUGACUGCAAUGGGAAGGUUGCAUUUGAUGAUAUCUUGAGCAUAUUGCGAGAUCUGACGGGUUCUUUUAUGACUGAGCAACAACGGCAGAAAGUUCUGACUCAUGUGUUAGAAGAAGCUGGCUAUACAAAAGAUUCACAUUUCACUCUAACAGAUUUCAUGAAGAUUCUUGGCAAUUCUGAUCUCAAGAUGGAGGUUGAAGUACCUAUUGACUAAAAAAAUACUUGUGUUAUUGUGAUGUUUCCUGUCAUUGUAUGUUAAUUUAUGUAGCUUAAGCUGCCGAACUAUUUAGAUCAUUGUACUUCAUAUUGUGAAUGAAGCUGUAAUUAAGGAAACCUAUGUACUUUAUGUCUUUGUUAUUUGGUUUUGGGGUUUAAUAAA